AUGGCUACCAAUACCCUCCAGCCUGCGAACCCCAACUACUUCGACCAACCUUCCUCACGCCCUCACACCCGUCGCAACUCAAGCCGCAAAAGUUUCGCCUCUACGCUUUCUAGAACAGGCUCUCACGUUGACCUGCCCCGCACACCCUGCCCCAAAGACGGCGAUGCUUUCAGCUAUCACCCUUCUCACCUCCACUCCUGGUACCUCCCCCAGGAGCUAUGGGAUCGGCUUCCGGCCGAGCUCCAGUCGGCCUUGGCCGCCGUGCAGCACUCUGGCGCAGCUGUUCUCACUGGUAAGUUGUCACAACACUCGUGCCACGUAGCAGUCAGGUUCGAGCGUCUCGAAAAGCACACCGGGGAUACCGGUAGUGGUCGUCCUGACCACAAACUUGCUGAGGAUGAACUCCUAGUCCAGUUCGAAGAUCUUCCACCACCCAAAUACCGCACCAUCAGCAACGCAAGCAGUGCACUCCAGUCAGACAUUUCGUCUCCCUUCUACUGUGGCUCUUCAGCCUCUCAGUCUGGUUCCACAUCGCCCGCCAUGUCGUCCUUCUCAGUGGGGCACCCCGCAAUACCUUGUUCGCCAAUGUCGCUGGGUCCACCCAAGGAAACCUUUGCCGAUAUGCGAGGUCGCUCUCGAGACCGCUCCUUCUCCACACCACUCGACCCGCAUGAGGCCUACUAUGCGACCGAGCUCUCGCACCUACGCACUGAGGCCACUCCUCGUCUCCGUCACUUGGGCCGCAAGGUCGACACCGAGUGGUACGAAGCAAAACGCACUGGCAAUGUCGCCGCCGAGGACGUCAACACUUUUGAGAACUGGUGGGCCGACAAGAAGUGCAGCAUCCUAAGCCUCAACUACAAGGGCAAGCGUUUGGCUGCGAUGCACGGUGUGUCUUCCUCGGGCAUGGGCUGGUCCGCUCCGUAG